AUGCGCAAGUUGGAGCCUGCAGAUGACAAUGAGGCCGUGAUGGAUGCGCCCGCAGUCGCGACACCUGCUGAACAAAUUCCCACAAGCACAGAGAAUGAGGAGGCAACUGGUGAUGCUGAGGCUUCAAGUGGAGCAGCCACUGAGAAUGGAAGCGGGGAGCCAAAGCUGUCGAAGAACCAACUCAAAAAGCAAAGGCGGCACGAACGCUGGGAAGCGGGGCGUGAGGAUCGAAAACUAAAGCGAAAAGAGAAGCUCAAAGAAAAGAAAGAGCGGCGGCGCGAGCAGUUGGCCCAGAUGCCAGUGGAUGAAAACGGAAACAAAAUAAGACUGCUGCCUCCACGUCCACCUAGGCAUUCAGCAGGGACAGGAACUCAAGUACCCAUCACGGUAAUCUUUGACUGUGACUUCGAGGAGCUUAUGUUCGACAACGAGCUCAAAAGCUUGGGCCUGCAGAUCACAAGAUGUUACAGCGACAACCGGAAAGCAAAGUUCAGGGCACAUCUAGCGUUGAGCAGCUUUGGCGGCAAGAUGAAAGAACGCUUCGAUGGCAUUCUAGCGAAGCAAUAUACCAGCUGGACAGGAUUCCGGUUCUUUGAGGAAGAUUUUGUGGAAGUGGCCGAGAAAUCGAAGGAGUGGAUGACCGGACCAAAUGGAGGAGAGGUGGCUGGUGCAUUGCAGUCUUCUUUGGAAGCCAAUGAAGCAAGCGGACAACAGAAUGCAGCAGACGGGGAGGCAGGAGAGAUUGUCUACCUUUCAUCCGAGUCGGACGAGGUCCUUACGCACUUGAAACCGAACAGCACUUACAUCAUUGGGGGUCUGGUCGACAAGAACCGGCACAAAGGAAUCUGCCAUAAGCGAGCGGUCAGCCGAGGCAUCAAGACGGCAAAACUACCCAUUGGUGAAUAUCUCGAGAUGAAGAGCCGACAAGUUUUGGUGACGAAUCACGUACUGGAGAUUAUGCUCAAGUGGAUGGAGUUUGGCGAUUGGGGAAAGGCUUUCAUGGCUGUGAUGCCCGAGCGAAAGGGCGCCAAGCUGAAAGGCGAGGCUGAUGACGGGGAGAACGACGGAGAAGCCGCAGACGAGCAGGAAGAACAUGGAGAUGAUGAGCUUGCGGAUGCAGCGGAAGAUGGAGCCGCAGCGAACAAGGAGACUGCCGCAGAAACGGUCAAAUCUACAUGA